ACUGUUGCAAUCAAACGGUUAAACCCUUCAUCAAGGCAAGGGGUCCACGAGUUCCACACCGAAAUCACCAUGCUUUCAAAGCUUCGACACAUGCAUCUCGUUUCUCUAAUCGGAUACUGUGAUGAUCACGGUGAAAUGAUCCUGGUGUACGAUUACAUGCCACAUGGCACACUCUGUGAUCAUCUCGACCAAACCAAGAACCCGCCAUUAUCAUGGAAACGACGACUGGAGAUUUGCGUUGGGGCGGCGCGUGGGUUGCACUAUCUUCAUAGAGAGGCAAAGCAUGUUGUCAUCCAUCGUGAUGUGAAAUCAUCAAAUAUAUUGUUGGACGAAAAUUACGUGGCAAAGGUUUCAGAUUUUGGUUUGUCGAAACUGGGUCCUACAAGCACGUCCGAGACCCACGUCAGCACCACAGUGAAGGGUAGUUUCGGGUAUAUAGACCCAGAAUAUUAUCGCAUGCAGCGGCUAACGGAGAAAUCCGACGUAUACUCUUUUGGCGUGGUCUUGUUUGAGGUGUUGUGCGGCAAGCCAGCAGUCUUCCAAGGCCAUUCGGAGGAGAAAGUGGGCCUGGCACAAUGGGCCCGUAGUUGUUAUCAAAAAGGAAGCCUUGAUGAAAUCGUGGAUCCGUAUCUUGUAAGUCAGAUUGAGCCGAUCGCCUUGCAGAAGUUCGGUGAGGUCGCGGAGAUUUGUGUGCGUGAAUGUGGAAAUGAACGGCCGACGAUGAGGGAUAUCGUGUGGGCAUUGGAGUUUACAUUGCAACUUCAGGAAACCGCAGAAGAGAACAUGAACGAUAGUGAUGCUAUCAUCACCGAUGAGCGUUCAAGUGAAAACGGGGUAAAAUCUCAAUCCACAUUAGUCAACAAUUAAUAGUUAAUUAAGAAAUCAAGAAACAGUAUUUCAUAAU